AUGAGCAAGGAGGUCUGGCAGAAGGCCAUCGACCUCAUCUUGGCGCAGGAAGCUGAGAAGGCGGAGAUUCUUCUGCGCCGAGUCAUCCGGCACUUGUACAGCCACGAAUCCCGGUUCGAUGUCGUGGAUAUGGACGAAGGUGCCAGCUUCAAGCUCACCAAGCAGCUCCGGAGGGCCGACACGAAGAAGGAGGAGGAUGAGCGAUUUGCGGCCAUGUCGGAUUCGCGGCACAAAGACGAUGGAGAGCUGCGUGUGUCCGAUGUGCUCCACAUCAAGCUGACACUCGACAACCUCCUGGACUAUGCCAAGGCCGCACGGGGCGGCGUUCUGCAACAAAUGGAGGAAGAGGCGAAGACCAGCAGGUUCACCUUUUUUGGCACUCGAGUGGUCAAGCGCAUGCUGUGCUACAGCUGGGCGUUGAUGCUUCUGCUUUGCCGCUUCAGCAUCACGGUCUGCGCCAUGGUGAUGCCUCGAGACGAGGGCACCCUGGUGCCUUUGGCCUACAUGAUCCUCAAGCUCUCGUAUAUUCUCAUGAUGGCCACCCUGCAGCCUUACGUGUGGUCGUACUUGAACGAUUGGGAGAUCGUGGUGCACUCGCUGAUCUUCAUGUUCAUGAUGUUUGUCAUCUCUGACUGGUCAGCGAUGGCCAGUGACGUUCUUUUGGUGGUGGCGACGUGGGCGGCCAUCGUUCCGGUGCUCCUGCGGAUCUUUGUGAUUUGCACCAUCAAGGAGGCGCCACACGAUCCGGACGAGAUCCAUGUGAAGCAGGAUGUAUCAUAUCACCUGGAGCAGCUUCACGGAGGGCCCGCCCAGCACCAGAUGGGACUCUCCUUCGGAAGUAUGGCUGUCUCCCGUGCGAUGCAGCAUGUGAAGAAGAGCAUCGAUGUGGUCGAGCGACGGCAAGUCACGGUGGUGGAGAAGACCUACGACGAGCGCGGCUACCCCGUGGAGCGUACCAUUGUCACCCAGGAGGAGGACAUGGAGCAUGCAGAGUACACCCUGGACGUGCAAAAAGACGAGGUGGCCUUCAUGCUGCAUGGCGAGGAAGGAGAUGAGCCCAGACCGCCAGGCUUAGAGCCUCUGGGCGAGGAAGACAGGCAAGAGAGUGACGUUUAUGACAUCAAGCUCUAG